UAACUUUUUGUACUUUAUUCAUUCAUUUACAAUACACAAUAGUUAAGAGCCUCAGAGCUCAGAUGACCCUAGUUGCUAGCACUCUGAUGUGACAAGAUUGUGAACUUACCUCUUGGCUAUGGAGAGUAUAAGAAAAGUGAACUCAGAAAUUGGGAGGCACCCAACUACCCUGCUGUGCAUCUAUGGCUUUUUUUCCAUGAUGAGGCCUUCAGAACCUUUUCUGACUCCGUAUCUCACUGGUCAUGUGAAGAACUUGACAGUUGAUGAGGUCACUAAUGAAGUUUUUCCUGUGUGGACAUAUUCUUACCUGGUGAUCCUGAUGCCUGUUUUCUUAACCACAGACUGUUUAAGAUACAAGCCCAUCAUUAUUCUUCAAGGUAUUAGCUACAUUCUCACAUGGGUAAUGCUCCUUUUUGCCCAAGGUGUGCUGGCAAUGCAGUUCAUGGAGUUUCUAUACGGUAUGGUGACAGCUACUGAAAUCGCCUAUUUCUCCUACAUUUAUAGCAUUGUUAACCAGGACCGAUAUCAGAAGGUAACCAGUUACUGUCGAAGCAUUCAGUUGUGUGGCUUUACACUUGCCUCUGUGAUGGGUCAGCUGCUGAUUUCGUUGGUAGGUUUAGAUUACUUUUAUCUGAAUGUCAUAACUUUGGUUUCUUGUUCUAUUGCCCUCAUUUUCUCGUUUCUGUUGCCCAUGCCAAAGAGAAGUAUGUUUUUCCAUAAAACAGAAACAGAAGUUGCUGUAAAUAGUCAGUUGAAGUCACCAUACGAUGUCAGAACACACAAUGUUGAAGACUUCAACUCACAGGACAGAGCCAAUGUGUCCACAAUGCCAACCCAAGUAGAGGUUCCCAAAAAUCGUUUUAUGAAGGUACUUCGCCAGCUAUUGAAUGAUAUCAUAACCUGCUACUCAACUGGACAAAUCUUCUACUGGUCACUGUGGUGGGCUUUGGCAACAUGUGGCUACAAUCAAGUUGUCAACUACACACAGGUGCUGUGGGAGCAUGUGCAACCAUCAGGCAACCUUAAGGCAUACAAUGGAGGAGUAGAGGCAAUUUCAACACUAAUGGGUGCAGCAACAUCCUUUUUCGUUAGUGUUAUCAGAAUUGAGUGGAGUCUUUGGGGAGAGCUGACUUUAGGCAUUGUUUCUUUCUUGGAUGCUGGUGCACUUUUUCUUAUGAACUUGACACAAAACAUCUGGAUCUGUUAUGCUGCCUACUUAGUAUUCAAGGCUUUGUACAUGCUGCUCAUAACAAUUGCAACGUUUCAGAUUGCUGCUACCUUAAGCAUUGAACGAUAUGCUUUAAAUUUUGGGAUCAAUACAUUUGUUGCACUUUGUCUUCAGACAAUUGUGACAAUAAUUGUCGUGGAUUCAAGAGGUCUAAGUCUGGAUAUUGUAUCCCAGGUGAGUAUUUGUGUAUACCUGAGCUGCAAGUCAGAAACUAUUGCUUCAUCUCUAAAAAUAUAUUACUACAUCUAUUUUCUGAACCCACACUUUCCAUUAUAUGGCGGAGGGCAGGCAGAUUCUAAACCUGAAGCACUUGGCAGAAGUCAAAAACCAACAUUUGACAUGAUACAAUCACAUCUCAGUAAAAGAGACAGACAGACACACCCUAAUCUCACAUUCCAGUUUAGAAUUAUUAAUCUAAACCACAUACUAUAUAUUUGUGCUAACCGAAGUGUCAUUGUACCUUUAUAAAAACAUGUUAAGGAUUUG